CUUCCCAAUGCUAUCAAGGAAGCCGUUUCUUUAGUUCCCAAGCUUGGGGAGAGAUACCUAUGUGUUGACUGUUUAUGUAUUGUCCAGGACGACGACAGCAUACGCGGACAUGUGAACCAUAUGAGCGAUAUAUAUUCUGGUGCAUAUUUGACGAUCAUAUCUGCA